AUGAGGAGCCGCAGCAACUCGGGGGUGCGCCUGGACGGCUACGCCCGCCUGGUCCAGCGGACCAUCCUCUGCCACCAGAAUCCAGUUACGGGGCUGCUUUCAGCUGGUACGGACCAUAAGGAUGCUUGGGUACGGGACAACAUCUACAGCAUCCUGGCUGUGUGGGGGCUGGGCAUGGCUUAUCGGAAGAACGCGGACCGGGAUGAGGAUAAGGCCAAAGCUUACGAGCUCGAGCAGAACGUUGUGAAGCUGAUGCGGGGACUCUUACAGUGCAUGAUGAGACAGGUAGAUAAGGUAGAGAAGUUCAAACGCACACAGAGUACCAAAGACUGCCUACAUGCCAAGUAUAACUCUGCAACUUGUGCCACGGUGGUUGGGGAUGACCAGUGGGGGCAUCUACAAGUGGAUGCAACUUCCCUUUACCUGCUCUUCUUGGCACAGAUGACUGCAUCAGGGUUACGUAUUAUCUUCACUCUUGAUGAAGUUACCUUUAUUCAGAAUCUUGUUUUUUACAUAGAAGCUGCCUACAAAGUUGCUGAUUAUGGAAUUUGGGAACGUGGUGAUAAGACAAACCAGGGCAUCCCUGAACUGAACGCGAGCUCCGUAGGGAUGGCCAAAGCUGCUUUGGAAGCAAUUGAUGAACUAGAUCUUUUUGGAGCUCAUGGAGGACACAAAUCAGUGAUUCAUGUUCUUCCUGAUGAAGUAGAACAUUGUCAGUCUAUUCUAUACUCCAUGUUGCCAAGGGCAUCCACGUCAAAGGAGAUAGAUGCUGGCCUUCUCUCUAUUAUUUCUUACCCAGCUUUUGCAGUGGAGGAUCUAAACCUUGUUAAUGUAACCAAGAGUGAAAUCAUAUCCAAACUGCAGGGCCGCUAUGGCUGUUGUCGCUUUCUUCGAGAUGGUUACAAGACACCCAGAGAGGAUCCAAGCAGGCUGCACUAUGAUCCUGCUGAGCUCAAGCUCUUUGAGAAUAUUGAAUGUGAGUGGCCGGUGUUCUGGACAUACUUCCUAAUUGAUGGAGUAUUUAAUGAGGACAAAAUUCAGGUACAAGAGUAUAGAGAGGCUCUGGAAGGAAUACUUAUUAGAGAGAAGAAUGGAAUAGUGCUAAUGCCUGAACUGUACGCAGUCCCUCCAGAAAAGGUGGAUGAGGAGUAUGAAAAUCCUCACUCAGUGGAUCGUGUCCCAAUGGGAAAGUUGCCUCAUCUUUGGGGCCAAUCAUUGUAUGUCCUUAGCUGCCUAUUAGCAGAGGGAUUUCUUGCUGCAGGUGAAAUUGAUCCCUUGAACAGGAGAUUUUCCACUGGAUUUAAACCUGAUGUUGUGGUACAAGUAACUGUUUUGGCAGAAUCUAAUCAAAUUAAGAAUCUCUUGCAAGACCAUGGAAUCAAUGUUCAGAGCAUUGCUGAUAUCUCUCCGCUCAGAGUGCAGCCAGCUCGCAUCCUGAGUAACCUCUACACCAUGCUGGGCCGGAACAAGAACAUGAAAUUAAGUGGACGACCACACCGACAUAUUGGAGUGUUAGGCACCUCCAAGCUGUACGUGAUAAGAAAUCAAAUAUUUGCUUUUACCCCUCAGUUUACUGACCAGCAUCACUUCUAUCUGGCUCUGGACAAUCAGAUGAUUGUGGAGAUGCUCAAGACAGAGCUGGCUUACCUCACUUCUUGUUGGAGGAUGACAGGGAGACCAACCCUGACAUUUCCCAUCACCCACACAAUGCUUGUUGAUGAUGGUACUGACAUUCAUCCAGCAGUUCUUGCCACCAUAAGAAAAUUAGAGGAUGGUUAUUUUGGAGGUGCAAGGGUGAAGAUAGGCAAGCUAUCAGAAUUUCUUACCACCUCUUUUCAUACGUAUCUGAGCUUCCUGGAUCUAGACUGUGAUGUAAAACUGUUUGAUGACCCUAAUGAAGGCCGUAGUAGUCCUGACAGUGAAUAUGGAGGCUAUCCAGCAGAUUUCUUUGAAAGAGAAAGCCAGGAUGAGCUGGAUCAGUAUAUAAACGAUGUCCUGCAGAGUACAGCACUAAAGUCAUACCUGCCUCCAACUUCAAAGACUGCAAAUCAACCACCUGUGUUCAGUGCAAGCCAUUCCACAAAAGAGAUACUGUCAAUAAUGGCCAAGACAAAGGGCUUGGAGGUUCCAGCUGUGUCUAUGUCUCUUCCCACUAAAGUUCUGAACACACACCGGAAGUCUCUGAAUCUUGUUGAUAAUCCCCAUUUCUUUGAGACAAAGGACUGUGAAAAUGUUUUGCACUUACCUAAAGAUGCUCAUGGUGAUUUGGAUUGCAGGAAGCUUGUUGAGCAGCUGAAGGAAUGUCCAACGCUCCAUGAUCAAGCAGAUAUCUUAUAUAUCUUGCAUAUACUGAAAGGUGCUGACUGGGACACAGAGCUGGAUGGACAGUACGGUGUCACUGUUCAUUGCCUACUCAACGAGCUCUACAGAAAGGCAGGCCUCAAUCAAGAAUGGGGUUUAAUCCGUUAUAUUUCUGGUAUGCUCAAAAAGAGAGUGGAAGUCCUGGCUGAGGCAUGCACAGACCUUCUGUCGCACCACAAGCAACUUACAGUGGGCCUGCCACCAGAACCCCGUGAGAAAAUCAUUGUCACCCCACUGCCACCUGAGGAGCUCAUAGAUCUUAUUUAUGAAGCCAGCGGCCAAGACAUCAGUAUUGCAGUCCUGACACAGGAAAUAAUUAUGUACUUGGCGAUGUACGUCCGGUCACAGCCUAGUCUUUUUGUGGAGAUGCUCAGGCUCCGCAUUGGUCUGAUAAUUCAGGUGAUGGCCACUGAGCUGGCUCGAAGUCUGAAAUGCUCAGGUGAAGAAGCUUCAGAGAGUUUGAUGAAUCUAAGCCCCUUUGAUAUGAAAAAUCUCCUACACCAUAUUCUCAGUGGAAAAGAGUUUGGAGUGGAAAGAAGCUUGCGACCUGUAGAUUCCUCUUCGUCUAGCCCUGCGAUUUCUAUUCGUGAAGUGGGGCAUUCUGGAGCAACCAAAACAGAAAGAAGUGGCAUUACUAAAUUGAAGAGUGAGAUGAAGCAGGUGAGGAUUUUCUGUCAAUGCUCAUCAGAAAAUGCAGCUUUCUUUCACGAGGGCCACUCCAUGUCCAGCAGCAUGUUCGCUUCCACGAGGGGCAGUACUCCGUCGUCUCCCACUAGUACUUCUCCUACUGGCUCCAAUGGAGACACGAGCUGGGGUGGCCGAAAAGGACAGUGGCUGCGCAGAAGGAGGCUUGAUGGUGCUAUUAACAGAGUUCCUGUCGGCUUUUAUGAGAAAGUGUGGAAAAUCCUUCAGAAGUGCCAUGGUCUGUCCAUUGAUGGGUAUGUCCUUCCUUCUUCAACCACCAGAGAGAUGACCCCGUGCGAAAUCAAGUUUGCUGUGCACGUGGAGUCGGUGCUGAACCACGUACCCCAGCCCGAGUACAGGCAGCUCUUGGUGGAAGCUAUUCUCGUUCUCACGUUCCUCUCUGACAUCGAGGUGAACAGCAUCGGGGGCAUCAUCCACGUGGAUCGAAUCGUGCACGUGGCCAAUGACCUGUUUCUGCAGGAGCUGAAAUCAUUCGGAGCUACUGGUAGUAUCUUGGAGAAAGACGUAGCCACAGGAAUUUGCCACUUUUUUUAUGACAGUGCUCCAAGUGGGGCCUAUGGCACCAUGACGUACCUAACAAAAGCCAUAAUUAUUUAUUUACAUGAUUUCCUGCCUAGCACAGGCUGUGCGAUGCAGUAAGCGAUGCCUCAUGCAGGAGGGAGGGCUCAGAAGCUCUUUCUCCCCAUUUCCCUGUCAUGAACCUCUUGUUUAGUUGCUGCAUGUAUGUGUGCCGUGCACUACCUCAGCGUUUUACACUAGUCGUCAUGCUACGUGCAUGCCUACCUGCGGCGGACGGGUAGGUGGAAUUUGGCCUGGUUUUAAGAGAGUGUGCGAGAAAUAACCAAUAAUGAGUCUUAUUCUGCCCAAAGUGCAUAAAUGUAAUUCAUAUUAAAUUAGCGAGAAUGAUACACUUCUGCCAAGGGGAAAACAGGUUACUCUGUGGAGAUCAAAAGGCAUAAUAAAAUGAGGGAGCUGUAUCUCAGGCAUAAAGUCUCCCAAGUAAGGGAAG